AUGGGAGGCCAAGGAAGAGAAGGUGGCAAGGCGAAGCCCUUAAAAGCACCGAAGAAGGAGAAAAAAGAAAUGGACGAGGACGAGAUCGCAUUCAAGGCGAAGCAGGCCGCAGAUGCGAAGGCGAAAAAAGAACUGGCAGAGAAGGCCAAAGGAAAAGGUCCCAUGAACACUGGCGGGCAGGGAAUUAAGAAGAGCGGCAAAAAAUGA